UUGUCCGUGAAGCUGUCAGUCUAGUGCUGCACCAUUGUUCCCAGAGCAGCCGGAAGGAGUGCUUGGUAAAGCGCUGUUGUAUGCGACAAUUGUGCCGGUUAGUCCAAUACUGUUCGGGAAAACCGGCACCGGUUUUAAUGAUCUCACAGCGGUGGAGGCUCCGCGUCAAAGGAAAACCGAGACAUGGUUUAGGGAAGAUUGUUAAGUCCAUUGAGAGAGUGGCGUCAUUGACUGGCUGGAUACUGAUAACGAAAUGAAUGAACAGAAGCGAGUCGCUGCAGUGUAAUAUAUUUAGCUAAAGGUGCAGAUGCGGCGGGCCAUGAGCGGAAUACUGAAGAGGAAAUUUGAGGAGGUGGAAGCCUCCUCCUCCCCGUGCUCUUCCUUGCGGGAGUCUGAUGAUGAGGUCUCCUGCAGUGAGAGUGGGGAUAGCAGUGACAGUGUCAACCCCUCUGCCUCAGGCCCUUUUACCCCUGACUCAAUACUGAAGAGGGAGAAGCGGUUGAGGACAAGGCGGGUGCAUUUUGAGAAAGUGACGGUGUACUACUUCAGCCGGCGGCAGGGUUUCACCAGCGUGCCUAGCCAGGGUGGCAGCACGCUGGGCAUGUCCAACAGGCACAGCUGGGUCAGGCAGUACUCCCUGGGAGAAUUUGCCCUGGAACAGGAGAGGAUCCACAGAGACAUGCUCAGAGACCACCUGAAGGAGGAGAAACUCAACUCAAUCAAACUCAAGCUGACUAAGAAUGGCACAGUAGAGUCUGAAGAGGCCAACACGCUCACGGCAGAGGACAUAUCUGAUGAUGACAUCGAUCUGGACAACACAGAGGUGGACGAGUACUUCUUCCUGCAGCCUCUUACCACUAAAAAGCGUCGGGCACUGCUUCGGUCCUCCGGGGUAAAGAAGAUUGACGUGGAAGAGAAACACGAAUUGCGAGCCAUCCGGAUGUCCAGAGAGGAUUGUGGCUGUGAUUGCAGAGUCUUCUGUGACCCAGAGACCUGCGCCUGCAGCAACGCAGGAAUCAAGUGCCAGGUGGACCGUAUGUCAUUUCCAUGUGGCUGCACAAAAGAGGGCUGCAGCAAUUCAACUGGGAGAGUGGAGUUUAACCCCAUCCGUGUUCGGACCCAUUUCUUGCACACCAUAAUGAAGCUGGAACUGGAGAAGAGCCGUGAGCAGCAGCAAGCCUCCCCCAGCAACGGUUACCGCGGUGAAACUAACGACAUGGGAGGCGGAAACCCUCUCGUUCAGACUCAGCACAGGUUGGAGUACUCUUUGUCAGACGCUGUCCCACAGACAGCCGGCAUGCACCUGCAGACUGCAGACGAGAUGGAGGAGCCUCUAGACGAGGAAGACGACGACGAAGAAGACGACGAGGAGGAAGAGGAGGAGAAUGAAGAAGAUGACGAAGACGAGGAUAGCAGCAGCGUUUUCAGCGGACUGUCUGACUCCAGCACUCAGAGCUUAGCCAACAGCGACUCUGAGGACGAGGAGGAAGACGAUGAGGAUGAGGAGAAGUCUGAGAACUUUGAGGAUGACAUGACAACCCCAUCAGUGUCUCACACUAAGGUGGUCCCUUUGUCCUCUGUGCUGUGUUACAAUGACGGCUCAGUGGCACAUGACAACCAUAUGAACGGAAACUCUUAUUUAAUGAACUCCUCCUCAGCUGAGUACUAUCAGCUAGGGAGCUCCAGUGCCGCCUCCAAUGGCCAAACAAGCCAACCCAGUGAACCCUACGGGGAAGCCUUAGCAUUCCAAGAUCCAGUCAGCGCGACCAACGGUAGCCUGGCCCAGGGACCCUUCAGCAUGACUGCUGAGCAGUACACGGACUACCCUAAUCAGGCUGAGGAACAAUACACAGCUAAUCACCAUUUUACCCUGACCAGUGCUGCUCCAGCCACCUCCUUGACCUGCUACACACCUGAGCAGGAGAAGAAGGUGAUGUCUAAAGCAGCUUUUGUCGAGCAGCCGGAAAACCAGAGCCAGACACAGUUACAAAACUACAUGAACAAUAACACCCAGGGUUCCUACAGCAGCUCUUGUAUGACAGCUGAACAGCCACAGGAAGAAUCCACUGUUAAUGGCCAUUCUGACCUGACCUUACUAGCGAACAGUACCAAGAAUCUCCCUUUACCUGAUCAUUGCCCCGAGGUCACAGCCAUUUAGUGGGCCUCUUGUUUUUAAAGUGUUCUUUCAUGAUUGCAUCUUUACUUGAGAACAAGCCUGACCAAGUGGUAUUUUAAGGGAACAUAUUCAUGGCCUUUUUGCAUCAUCUGACCUUAAAUUUCAAAGCAAUUUACAGCACCGCAGUACAUUUUCAUCUGUAACUAUAAAGCCAUGGCCUCAUGAUGGAAAUGUUUUUGAGGAAUUGUUCAUUCUUUGAGGUUUCUCCACUACGGUGUGUGCUGAACUGCAAGAUUGAAAGAUCAAAAACAUCGGUUAUGUCAUGCUGUGCAAUGUAUCUUGUAAUUUCAGAUGUAAAGUUCUAGUUUUAAGGAGAUAUUGUACUGUAGAUGGAACUUUUCUAUGUCUACUAUAUGUGUCAAAUGUGCAAAAAUGGUUUAUUGUCAGUUUAUUUAUUGUUUUGGAAUUAUGUGUAUACGUAUAUAUUGUAAAAGUUUUGAUAACAAUACGCAUGCAGUUUUGGGAAUCCCAGUAACAUUUAGGGAAAAAAAUGAUUGCCAUUGUUUUAUAUAAAAAAAUGUGUUGUAUACAUAAUGUACACAUCUCUUCUUCUUUUUUGUCACUAUUAUAUGCUUUUCUAUGGUUUUGAAAAGCAUGAAAAAAGCCUGAAUUCUUAUUUGUAUGUUUGGAAUACAAUAACAAUAACAUAAAAGGUCAGACUUCGCAGCCUUUUGCACUCAUGUGUAGGGGUCCAGUGGCAUGCAGUUGGUUUAAACUGAUUAAUACUUGAACGGUGGAAAAAUGUGGCCCCUCAUGUGUUUUUCUUCCCCCCACUGUUCACUCUUAGAAUAACAUGAUAAUGAAGUGUCACUACAAAUGAAGAUUUAUUCUUUGAAGCAUUUUGUUGAUACAGGGAUAUUAAUGAAGUAGCACUUUGACAUAUCUCGGAAAGUAUGAGAAGCUCUAUGAUUCCUCGUAGACAAUAGAACACUAUCUUCAUCAUUAAAUUUACAUAAUAGGCUUCAUUUGGAAAGCAGCUUUCCAUUAAAUUAUAUGUAUUGCAGAAAAAAAUGAUGAUCCUGAAUAAUGUGUCAGUAUUUCCUAAAGUAGCUGGUUAUGAGAUUUCUGCUUUUGAAUGCAGUAUAAGCUACAUUCCACUGUCUAAUAAUUAAGAUGUUUAUUUAUGUGGAUCGAAGAAUGAUGCUGAUUUGUUCUAUUGAAGUGUUAAGUGCAAUAGUUUGAGGGUUAUUUACAUGUAAUUUUCUUUUAGAGAGGACCCUCAGUAAAGUGGACUGAGAUUGCUUUUGAUUGAUUGUCACAGUAAUCAAUAUUGUACUUAAAAAGCACAGUUAGUUUCAUAAAGUCUUCAUAUGCCACAGUAAUUGUAUGUGAGUGAAACAAAUGUUCAAGGUUGACAAUCAAAGCUUAUUAUCAAAAAUGAUUCAUAUCAGUAAUUAACAGCUACACAAUAUGAAUAGGAGUCCUAUGAGCCAUCAAAAAUGACUUAACAGCCAGAUGUGAAGAAAUUGUUUACCAAAAAAUCUGUAAAUAACCUCAUCUUUAUAAAAUCACUGACACAAAAGAAAUUUAAAGUGACUGCUCAACAACUGGGAGGCUGCAAUGAUUUAGUGAAUAAUACUAAUUUAAUUGCAAAAGUGCUCUUUUGCUCCUGCAUGAAUACAGAUAUCUGCCCAUUCAUUAUAAUCAGAAGAGGUCACUACUGGAAUUUUGGUGGUUUCUGUGCGGCUGUCGAGUAGCUCGGACCUCUCAUGCCACCUCAGUGGUACAAAAGAAGUGUGCAGACUGCUUUCAGGCAAUCAGUGGCAUCAACAUGGCCUAUAGUACCAAUUAAUUGUGCCAAAGCAUACAGUGUGAGAAAGGCUAAAUACAAUGACACUGCAUCCAGUUAAGAAUCCUGUGUUUGACUUUAUUUUCCAGUAUUUAUUAUGAAUGAUAUAUUGAAAUGUGUAUUUAUUGUGGUUUACUAAAAGUCUGUAUUGAGUAAAUUGCUUCACUAUCUUAAAAUUGUCUUUUGUUCCAUGCUGGUUGUGAGUUGUAAAGCUUCAUGUGCCUGAUUUAUUUAAUUCUUUCAUAUUCUGUGAAAUGCAUAUGUUUUGCACAAAAAUGGUACAAUUUUUUUUUCUCCAUGUGUUUGGUUUCCAACUGUAGAUAGGGCCAACAUCAUUUUCAGUCGUUUAAUUUUUAACAUGAUUUUGAAAUAAAUGUAAUAAAUCUUUGCUCUUUUGAUCUUAAGCUCAUAUAAUGUAAUGUUCCUAUAUUUAUGCACACAUCAUGCAACAGUAUUGAGAUUGUCACUGACAGACCACCUUGUGCCAGUAAAAUCAACAGUAUACAUACAGUUCAGUUAUUUCUAAGUGCAAGGCGCCCUCUGCAGAUCACAGGGAGAACUGAGGCAAAGAGGAUCUCAGCACUAACCAACUGCAUUUAUUGAACUCAAAAUAAGACAUCUUAAUACCAAGGCACUCUUAACACAAGACCAUUUCCAUUUCAGGCAAACACACACAUUCGAUCUGUUCUAGUCACAAACAUAAAGUCAUUUACAAUAUUCCACUGUGAUCUAAACACUAGUGCCUGCACCAGAAAAGCAUUAUUGAACUCCUGUUUAGAUGUAGAGGGAGCUUUUUAGACACCUCACUGCAAAUGCUUUUGAUCAAUAAAUAGAGUCCCUUGGGUGUAUCCAUUUUACAUGAAAAGUUCCCUUUUGACAAACACCAAAACAUCAUCUUUUUAUAAUGUUGGUAAAGACCGCAGCAAUUAAGAGAUUUGAAGAGUCGUACAAAUCAUACUGCAUUUAUGUUGCUCAUAAAGAAUGAACUGUAGGUAAAAAAAAUGCAUUUUAAUCUUCAAUAAUGCUGUCACUUCCACUACUGUCAUAAGAAUUUGAAACAAACACUUUAUGUCUGGUGUUCCAAUUAAUUGUAUGUAAUUCAUGCUUGACAUAUACAUCCAAACUAGUUUUUAAAAUGAUCAAUCUUCAUUCUUAAUGUCGCUGUAGGAAAUAUAAAACCUUUGUACUGCAAAAGUUUUCUGGUCUGAAGAGUUUGAAGAAAAAAAAUUACUCCCAGAACUUACUUAAA